AUGACCGUCUCAUCUUCUGGAUCGGUUAAGUCAAGCGGCAUAGCAGCGCUAGCCUGCACCGUCUGCAGAAAGCAACACCUCAAAUGCGAUGCGGGUAAACCCUCGUGUGCGCGAUGUACAGAGUCGCAGCAGGUAUGCUUCUACGAGCCGUCGCGACGUGGCGGACGGCGUAAGAAGCAUCGCUCUGUGGCUCUCGAGUCACCACUGCAGUCGCAUCCGAGGAGACCAGCAAUGAGGUCUUCUCAGAGCGAUACGACGGGGUUUGUGGAAUGUGUAACUGUUAAUCCUAUCAGUUUACCCAUUACACCGACCUCUUCACAGGAAUUGCUGCCAACUUCUAAUAUGUCACACACAUCGACUAUCAACAACAACUUAUUACAGCACACACCGCGACAAUCACGAAACUCCCCCCCGUCCGAAGGCUCACGAGACGAGAGGAGGGCCAGUGGGGAUGGCACUCAAGAAAAUCGCCCACCGCCACCAUUGCAGCAGCUAAAUGAUCCUGCUAUGUCGUUUUAUCAUCAUUUAGACCCUGGACUAAUAACACAAACCAUCAACAAUAGUGCGCUAAGCCUAAACACUCAUAUACAGCCAUCUUCCGAUGGCGAUCGCCUACUUCGGCUCUAUUAUGAAAAUUUCCACAACGCUCACCCGUUCUUGGUUCCCAGUUCUGUUUUCACAUCUCGGAACUAUCCGCCAUAUCUACGGCGCAUGGUAGAUUACGCCGGCUCUCACUAUGCACCUUCGGGACCCAACGCACAGCUGCAGGCUGAGGUAGCAACCGACAUGAUGACAAUAACUGAAAAUUCAACAUGCAUGGUUCAGACACUUCUGAUCUACUCGAUUCUCUUGUUCUUCAACGGCGACUUGGAUGCAGCUAGCAAGACUUUCGACCGAUGCACUCAGAUGGCGCUGGAUCUCGGUAUGCAUCGUACAGACUUCGCAUCGGCUAGACAACUGGAUAAUCCUAUCGAGGGCGAGAGUCUGAGAAGAACUUGGUGGGAGAUAUAUGUGACUGAUGUUUUCAUGGGAAUACCGCCUAAGACGAUGAACCUGCGUUGCAGUAGCACUCCGCCCAAAGUUUGCUUGCCAUGCGAAGAGGCCUUUUACAAUGGGCGAUUGGAUAUCCCACAGCCCCAUCAAGUUCUCGAGUUCAAAAGAAGAGUAAUUUCUACUGGCGAUGUGACGUUCUCGUCCUUCAGCUAUCGUAUCGAAGCUGCUACUAUUCUUGGUCGCGUUUUGCUGCUGAAUCAACUGAAGAACACCAGCCAUGACCAAACACAGUCGAUUGAGAACGCCCUCCUCAGCUGGUCGAACCACUUACCGGCUGAGAAGCUGGAAAUUGUGGACUCGUAUGGAAAUAUUGACGAGAUGAUGUUUCAGGCUCAUAUGAUCAUUGCUUUGGCAAGCAUGCUAUUACAUCUACCUCGAAGCAAUUUGUACUCCCUACUCGCAGACGUCAAAGAUCCGUUUUUGCCAUUUUCACAAAAUCAUCCUCUAUCGACAUCCACGGUUUUAAUUCAAGGCAUUAAAGCAACGGACGCUUCACGACGGAUAUCCGAUUGCAUAUCGUUGUGUCCCAACGUACCGAAACAUACACCUUUCGUUAUACCAGCCCUCGUACUUUGUGGCUUCAUCCAACUUGCUACCUCCCGGGGGCAUCCUGAAGAAUGUUUCGAGCAUCACUACAAUCGUGUGACGCUGGUGCUAGGCUGUCUAAAGAGCGCACGGCGAAUGUGGCGCAUGGCUGAGUCCGAGUAUGAUCGUCUUCGCUGUUGCGCCUCAGAACUUGUUGCCGACGCUAUGGAUAGGAUGAAUGCACUGCCAUUGUCACAAACAAUACCUUAUUCUUCUAGUUCGAUGCCUAGUGCAGGUGAGCUAGGAGGGGAUAUGGUCUUGGUAUCCCCAGGGCGCGGGAAUGCAGAUUCGGCCAUGCCCAGAUUCGAUCCCUUGUUUCUGGAUCCUGUCUGUUACGAUUAUUCUCUGUUUAGCGCUUUACCAGAUUUCCACAGCUCCUGA